UUGAUGAAUUUUCAUUGAACAGUAAUAAGACAAUGAGGAAAACUCCUGGAGCCCCAGAGUGAGGGAUGACCCUUGUGUUAAAGAUCUCUUGUCCUGCCAGCCUGAUGUAGGGUUAACUCCUCUCAGAGGCCUCGUCAUAUUGUUUUAUGUCUCACACUGGAAAUACCUACUUGAGUCUAGCCUUGGUCUGUGUCACAAGGCUUUCAUGUGGCCUUACAUAAGCAGGGCCCCAGUGGAAAUACUUGGACUAAUUCUACCACUUCUACUAGGAGUAGCUCUUUCAGUGCUAGCGGAACGUAAUGUAAUGGCUUUUGUGCAACGUCGAAAGGGUCCAGAUGUAGUGGGAUUGUUUGGAUUGUUACAACCUACAGCAGAUGGUUUGAAAUUGAUUCUAAAAGAACCUAUUUCACCAAGUAGUGCUAAUUUCUCCCUUUUCAGAAUGGCUCCAGUGGCUACAUUUAUGGUAAGUCUGGUCGCUUGGGCCGUUGUACCUUUUGAUUAUGGUAUUGUCAGAUCCGAACAAGGUCUAGUUUAUUUGUUUGCGAUAUCUUCGAUAGAUGUUAAUGUAAUUAUUAUAGCAGGUUGGUCUAGUAAUCAGGGGGCAGCCUUUUGGUUGGCGGUCGCCCAUGAUGCUAGGACCAAUAGGUCAAAAAUAGGUUUGUGCCGCAGGUGUUGAACAAUCUACUCUACACAAGUGUGCGCUUACAGGGCUAGG